AUGGAUUACCAAAAUAGAGCAGGUUCUAAAAAAGGUGCUGGUGGGAUUGCUUCAGAAUCUCAUUCCAAUUUACAAAGGCGAAAGAAGGUUGAAGAGUUAUUGAGAGAGGGAGAACAGGUUCCAUAUACCUUCCAAGAUGAAGGUAUAAGUAAUAACAAUGUAGCAUCUAAUAGUUUAGCUAGGAAAGAUCCCUAUAUAUACAAGAACCACUCGGGUAAAUUAGUGUGCAAAUUAUGUAAUACUAUGCAUAUGUCAUGGACAAGUGUAGAGCGUCAUUUAAAAGGUAAGAAGCAUGGGCUUAGUGUAUUAAGGCGUGAGAAUAUGGUUGAUAAACACAAAUCUAAUAUGAAUAAAUCGAAUCGCAACGGUGAAGAUUUAAUGUUGCAACAGUUUCAAAAAGCUGUUGAAAAGAGAAGACAAGCUAUCAUAUCGAAUGGUAUUGAACCUUUAUGUAAAAUUAGUAAAAUAAAAGAUGAGGAGUCUGGACUCCCUGGGAUAUCAAUUCAAGUAGAUUACAAUACAAGAGGUGAGACUAAUGGUUCUGAUUUGAAAGUGGGAAAAGAUUUAGAAUAUUUGAAACCAUUUAUUAAAAUUGUCAACGGUAUUGAGCUAGCAAAAGAUAGUGGCACUGAGAAUAAUGAUAAAAAUAAUAAAAAAAAUGACAAUGGUAUAAAUAAUAAUGCUACUACUGUUACAAAAGAUGAGGAUAUAAAUGAUGAAUAUUUAGUUAUAGCUUAUGAACCAUUUGAGAAUAUUGGAAUAACGUUACCUCCAAAAGAAAUUAUACUUGAUGCAUCAUCAGGAGAUGAAUUGAAGUCAUUAGAAGAGCUUAAUCAAAGAUGCACAUAUUGGGAUUCUGAUUCUAAAUAUUUUUAUGUUCAAUUUUUCUUUAAAUAG